UUACGAAGACCUCAAAAUAUUGGGGAUCACAAAAUGCAAAUAGACAACUUCGAAGAACUCCAAACAUUGGCAUGCCGCCUCUCAUAUCCCAGAACAAUGCAAAUUUAUUCGCCAGUACUUUUAUUGAUGACCUAAUUAACGGUACAAAUCCAUUCCCGAAAUUGCAAGUUGUAGAAAAUCCACCAACACAACUUUCAGGAGCUUCAUUCCCAUAA